UCACUUGCGUGAUGCAUGGCGUUCCUCUGCAAGGCCCAACAGCAGAACAGUGCCUGCAAUUGGGCCUCUCUCUCACGCCGCGCCUGUGCAUGUGCCGCAAAUGAGCAGUCUGAGUGUUCUCCACAUUACCACAAGGGCGUUGGCGGAAGACUUCGAGACGUUGUGCCACGGUAGGGUCUGCGGAGCCUCAUGUUUGGGUUGGUGGCAUCGGAAUCAGUGGGCCCGGAGGUGUGGGUGCGUGGGGCCGUCGAAUUUCCCAGAAUGGGCGCCAGUGCGUUAUCACGGCGGGGGAGCAGCAGGAAUUGACUAG